GCUUCAUAAGAGAGAAGUGGCUUCGAGAGUUAGGUCAGUUUGGUGAGAAGAACCGCGUGCUUUUUUUCUGGAUAAAUUACGCCGGUUACCGACAAACGUCUGGAACGCUUGUCCGCUUCUUCUAUAUUAAAGAAGAGCCACUUAAAGGAAUCGAAGAUGAAGUGUAUAAUAGGAAUCGGCGGAGUGACUAAUGGCGGUAAAACCACCCUGACUAACCAGUUGAUCAAGACCCUGCCCAACUGCUGUGUUGUGCACCAAGAUGACUUCUUCAAGAAACCUGAUGAGAUUGAGGUCGGAAAGGACGGCUUUAAACAGUGGGAUGUGAUCACCGCUUUGGACAUGGAAGCCAUGAGGUCCACGAUAAAAGGAUGGAUCGAGAACCCGGUGAAAUUUGCCCGUUCUCAUGGCGUCACCCUCUCUUCGUCAUCUGAAGAAACCGACCCUGACAAGCAGAUCCACAUAUUGAUUGUGGAAGGGUUCCUGCUCUACAAUGACCACUCCCUCCUUGACUUCUACGACAAGUGCUUCUACAUCUCGAUACCCUACGAAGAAUGUAAAAGACGGAGAAGUACAAGACAAUACACCGUCCCCGACCCUCCUGGCCUGUUCGACGGUCACGUCUGGCCAAUGUAUCUCAAGCACAGAGCAGAGAUGGAAGAGUGCGGCCUGGAAAUCGAAUAUCUUGAUGGGUUGAAAUCCAAAGAAGAGAUCUACAACCAGGUGUAUGAGGACAUUCAGAACACCGUACUGAAUCGUUUAUAGCAGGACGCCAUCAUACGACCUGUACACAAUAUUGUAAAUAGUAUCAAGGAUUCUUUUUUUUUACCAGUUCGUUCUUAUUUUAUCCCAUUUUUGUAUAUAGAGUAACGUUAAAUUAUGAGAGUGUUUUGCCUUCUGCUGAACAACAUUGUGUUUAGGUCCGAAGUGUUUGUAGAUGUGACUAUGACUGUUUUGUCAAUUUAUUUCUGGUGGACCUUCUAUCAAUCACAUUUUUUAUAAUAAACACUUCCUGCUUAAAUGA